AUGAAGUUGUUGUUUACCUUCCUUCUUUUCGCCGCUUUGGCGGUCUUUAUUCAUGCGAUGCCUCUGAAGGCUGAUACCAAGGAGGCCGAGACCAAGGAACAUCGUGCAAAGAGAGAUAGUGUACCAGAUCCAGGACCAAAGCCAGCCGAGACCAAGGAAGCCGAGACAAAAGAAGCUGAAACUCCAAAGGUGAAGAGAGAUACUAAGGAAGCCGAGAAGCCAGCCGAGACAAAGGAAGCCGACACCAAGGAGGCCGAGACUCCAAAAGUGAAGCGCGACACCAAGGAAGCUGAAUCCAAGCCAGCUGAGAAGGAGGCCGAGACUAAGGAAGCUGAAACUCCAAAGGUGAAGAGAGACACCAAGGAAGCUGAGAAGGAGGCUGAAACGAAGGAGGCCGAGCAGACUAAAAAAGAUAGAGUCAAGAGGGAUACCAAGGAAGCCGAAUCCAAGCCAGCCGAGACCAAAGAAGCCGACACCAAAGAGGCUGAAACUCCAAAAGUGAAGCGCGACACCAAGGAAGCUGAGAAGGAGGCCGAGACAAAGGAAGCUGAAACUAAGGAAGCCGAGACACCAAAAGUGAAGAGAGACACCAAGGAAGCUGAAUCCAAGCCAGCUGACACCAAAGAAGCUGACACCAAAGAGGCUGAAACUCCAAAGGUGAAGAGAGAUACUAAGGAGGCUGAGAAAGAAGCUGAAACCAAAGAGGCCGAGACCCCAAAAGUGAAGCGUGACACCAAGGAAGCCGAAUCUAAACCAGCUGAGACCAAGGAAGCUGAGACUAAGGAAGCCGAGAUUCCAAAAGUCAAACGUGACACCAAGGAAGCCGAGACCAAGCCAGCUGAGAAGGAGGCCGAGACUAAGGAAGCUGAAACUCCUAAGGUCAAACGCGACACCAAGGAAGCCGAAUCUAAGCUAGCCGAGACCAAGGAAGCUGAAACCAAGGAAGCCGAGACUCCAAAAGUCAAACGUGACACCAAAGAAGCCGAGUCAAAGCCAGCUGAAAAGGAAGCCGAGACUAAGGAGGCCGAGACUCCAAAGGUGAAGAGAGAUACUAAGGAGGCUGAGAAGGAAGCUGAAACCAAAGAGGCCGAGACCAAGGAAGCUGAAACUCCAAAGGUCAAGAGAGACACCAAGGAAGCUGAGAAGGAGGCUGAAACUAAGGAGGCCGAUACUAAGGAAGCUGAGACUCCAAAGGUCAAGCGUGACACCAAGGAGGCCGAGAAGGAAGCUGAAACCAAGGAGGCCGAGACCAAGGAAGCCGAGACACCAAAAGUGAAGAGAGACACCAAGGAAGCCGAAUCUAAGCCAGCUGAGACUAAGGAGGCUGACACCAAAGAGGCUGAAACUCCAAAGGUGAAGAGAGAUACUAAGGAGGCUGAGAAGGAAGCUGAAACCAAAGAGGCCGAAACCAAGGAAGCUGAAACUCCAAAAGUGAAGCGGGAUACCAAGGAAGCUGAAUCCAAGCCAGCCGAGACAAAGGAAGCUGAAACCAAGGAAGCGGAAACUCCAAAGGUCAAGCGUGACACCAAGGAAGCCGAGUCGAAGCCAGCUGACAAGGAGGCCGAGACCAAAGAAGCUGAAACUCCAAAGGUCAAGCGUGAUACCAAGGAGGCCGAGAAGGAAGCCGAGACAAAGGAAGCCGACACCAAGGAAGCCGAGACUCCAAAAGUGAAGAGAGACACCAAGGAAGCCGAAUCUAAGCCAGCUGAGAAGGAGGCCGAGACUAAGGAAGCUGAAACUCCAAAGGUGAAGAGAGAUACCAAGGAAGCCGAGUCGAAACCAGCCGAGACCAAGGAAGCUGAAACCAAGGAAGCCGAGACCCCAAAAGUGAAGCGUGACACCAAAGAAGCCGAGUCAAAGCCAGCUGAAAAGGAAGCCGAGACUAAGGAGGCUGAAACUCCAAAAGUGAAGAGAGACACCAAGGAAGCUGAGAAGGAAGCUGAAACCAAAGAGGCCGAAACCAAGGAAGCCGAGACCCCAAAGGUCAAACGCGACACCAAGGAAGCUGAGAAGGAGGCUGAAAAGGAGGCCGACACAAAGGAAGCUGAAACUCCAAAGGUGAAGAGAGAUACCAAGGAAGCCGAAUCUAAACCAGCUGAGACCAAGGAAGCUGACACCAAAGAGGCUGAAACUCCAAAGGUGAAGAGAGAUACCAAGGAAGCUGAGAAGGAGGCCGAAACUAAGGAAGCCGAGACUCCAAAGGUAAAACGCGACACCAAGGAAGCCGAAAAGGAGGCCGAGACCAAGGAGGCGGACACCAAGGAAGCCGAGAGUCCAAAAGUGAAGAGAGAUACUAAGGAAGCCGAGUCCAAGCCAGCUGAGACUAAGGAGGCUGAAACCAAGGACAAUCGUGCCAAGAGAGUUGCCCCACCAGUUCCACCACCACCACCAACCCAAUAA